AUGGCACCAAAGGUGAGUUUUUCUAGAAAAAUAUGCCUCGGUUUGGAAAAAUAGAAUUUUGAAGGUCGUUUUUUCACAUAAUCUCAAAAUUGCUCAAACCUUUGCAAAAGUGUUUUUUUUCCAAAUUACAAAAAUAUAUAUGACGUGGCAAAGAAAAUUGUGAGGCUACAAUUUAAAAAGUUUAUUGAAAAACUGAAAAAUUGCUGUUGCCACGAUUAUUUCGAAUUUUUGAUUUCGGCCCAAAUGUUCAAUAAAAUAAUCGAAAAACUGAUCUAGAAAUGAUCAUUGAUCAAAUUUAGCUUCUCUUCAAUUCCACAAAUUUUUCAGUUCCUCGCCGGUGUUCAACUCGAAAAACGCGACAAAUCGAAGACCGAAGCAUCGAAAGCUCUCGAAGGCAAAGUCAUCGCCCUCUAUUUUUCUGCUCAUUGGUGUCCACCAUGCCGUGCAUUUACACCAAUUCUUAAGGAUUUCUAUGGAGAAGUUGAAGAUGAUUUGGAAAUCAUUUUCGUAUCUUUAGAUCAUUCUGAAUCAGAUUUGAAGGCUUAUAUGGCUGAAGCACAUGGAGAUUGGUAUCAUAUUCCAUUUGGAAGUGAUACUGUGAAGUAUGUCCCUUUAAAUGAAGAAAUUCUAAGACUUUUUAUUUUCAGAGAUCUCAAACAGAAAUAUGGAGUUCGUAGCAUUCCAACUCUUAUUGUAGUCAAAGCUGAUGGAACUGAGAUCACAAAAAAUGGAACAUCUGAUGUUCAAAGUGGAAAAGCACCAUCGGCUGUUAUCAAAAAGUGGAAAGCUUAA